UUCUAAGCUACCUCCCUAUCAAUUUUCAGCCAAAUCGGUUCAGCUGGUCUGCAGUUAUAAAUAGAGUAACUAACACAACUUUGUUUUAUAUAUAUAGAUUACUUACUCUAUGGGCAGUACUGUUUACCUCUACUGUUUACUAGUGCUUAUUUUUUAGUUCUUAUUGGCUAUUGCCCGUCAUUUAUGAAUUAUGACAUGUAGUAUCUUACUCUAUGAUGUAGGUCAAGUUUUAUAAAUUAAAUAUUUACUAACACAAUGCAAUCUCAACCGGAAUUACAAGUGGAUCGUAAUAUAUAUUUAAAAUCAUUUCCAAGAUUUGAACGUCCGAAAGUAAUAGGUUACAUUGGUCUAGAAAACCUUAAAUUUGCAAAAAAUGUUUGUGAUAAAAAGGUACUGUAUGAUUUAAACCUUCUUAUUGAACAAGCAAAACGAAAACCAGAUGAUUUGGAUGUUAAGUUAACAGACCUAAUACAAUUUCUGACGGAGCACGAGCGGAGGUUAAAUUUUCCCUUACAAAACAACAUAGACGAUGCAAAAAUUUUCUGUUAUCGAGGUUUGAUGACAUGCGUUGCUUGCACGCCUUAUGAGAAUAGAGAGCCGUGGAAAAUAGUAGCAUUAUUGUAAGGGAAUAUAUUUUUAUGUGCAAGAGAUACAGAAGAAAAAAUACAAAGAAAACAAAAUGCAACAGAGAAAGAAAAACAAUUUACUUCAUGGGGAUAUAAAUUUGAACAAUAUGUACUUUCUGAUACACCCACAAGUGAUCCUAAUCCUAAUGAACCUGUUAACGAAAUGGAAGAAUUUUCUCUUGUAUUCACAACUAAAUUGAAUCGGCACACAAUUGUUUAUGGAGCUGAAAUGGAUGGAAUAAGAUGUGAUAAAGCACCAGUCCCACCCCCUCCAUCAAAAGAAUUAGGUGCUGAAGCAAUAGUAAACUAUCUGUCUGAUAAAGAAUUUAUUGAAUUAAAAACUAAUAGACACUUGGAAUAUUCAAAACAAGAAAUAUCAUUUAGGAGAUACAAAUGUAAGAAGUGGUGGUGUCAAUCAUUCCUGGUGGGAAUAGAUACUAUUUUGUGUGGAUACCGAAAUGAUGAUGGUGUUGUGAAUCAAUUGAAAUCAUAUCAAGUUAAAGAUAUAGCCAGGAUGUGUAAGAAAUAUUGGGAUCCGAGUGUUUGUCUUAAUUUUUUGGACACUUUCUUCAUUUACGUAAAACGCAUAUUAGCAAGAGAAAUUAGGCGGAAGCAUGGAGAUAAAGCAGUAAACAAUUUGCAAGCAUUGCCAUUGAUAAGUGUGCAGCUUGAGUGGACGCCCGGCUCAGCAAUACAGGUGAAUGAGCAUUAUAGCCAUAGUGACGAUCCAAUACUUCCAGAGUGGUUUUUUAAUAGUUAUGGUAAAGUUGUAAGAUAGUGCAGAUAUAAGAUAUGUAUUAACAAAAUGUAAAAAAUUAUUAAUAAUAAAAUAGGAUUUAUAUUUUGUUA